AUGGCUCACUUCCCAUUCAACUCCUGCGCUGAGCUAUGCACUGGAUUAAAGGACACACCCGUCUCUCCCCUUCCUCUGAGCUACGUAUCUCGUUCGCCAACAAGUGGUAUCAAUCCUAUUCUCAGCCGAACGCAUAAACUCAGAUCGGAGUGUUACAGUGCACGCGAUGUACCAAAUUCCAGAGUCUCAAUGGGCCCAGGACCAGGCGAAAUACUCGUCAACAUCAAGUACUCCGGUGUUUGUCGAUCAGACCUGCAUAUAUGGAAAGGGGACUACCCCAUCAGGGGAAAGGAGGACCUCAUCGGUGGCCACGAAGGAGCGGGGGUGGUAGUUGCUAUUGGGGACGGAGUGGAAGAUAUCGAGAUAGGGGAGCAUGUAGGAGUGCAGUGGAUCAACGGCUCUUGCGGUAAGUGUGAGGCAUGUGCAAGGGACGGCGACAUUCUACGCUGUGGCAAACCCUCAUACUCUGGAGGCACCGUGGAUGGUACUUUCCAGGAAUAUUGCAUUUGUAAAGCCCGUAGUGCAGUGCGCAUCCCAAAAGAUUAUGAUCUCGAACUGGCUGCGCCGGUUCUCUGUGCUGGUGUUACGUCCUACAAAGCAAUCCUUGAGUGCGAAGCCCACGCUGGGGACUUAGUCGGUGCCGGCGGCGGCCUGGGAAGCUUGGCCUGUCAGUAUGCCAAAGCACUUGGAUAUCGAGUCUUGGCUAUCUCCAGCGGAGAGGAGAAGCAUCGACUAUGCAUCGAUCAAUUGGGGGCAGAAUACUUCGUGGACUACAAACGUUCGAAAGACAUCGUGUCCGAAGUUCGGUCAAUCGAACCGGAUGGUCCCCAUGCAGUGGUGGUUGUGGCUUCAACGAUGGAGCCCUUCCAAACAGCGCUUCAGUAUGUGAGAUUCGGCGGAACGGUGGUGAUGGUAGGACUUCCACCUGGAGGAGUGAUCGCAGCAGACGUUAUGCAAAUGGUCUUCCGCACAAUCAAUAUCAAAGCGUCUUACGUUGGGACGAGAGCGGAAACUGAAAAAGCACUGGAAAUCUUUUUCACCAAGACGUUCUUCGCACCGUUUCAGACGGUCGAGCUGAAAGACCUUCCACUUGUUUUUAAUCGGAUGCAGGAAGGCGACUCGAAUAUGAUUCUUCACGACUAUCUCUUAAAGAACUCGCAGCUACGACUAAUUGGAUGUUGCAAUGAGCUCAACGCUGGUUAUGCCGCCGAUGGUUACGCCCGCACCUCUCCCACAAAAGUCUCUGUGGUAAUUGUGCCAUACAUGGUUGGAGGAUUGUCCAUUCUGAAUGCCAUUUGUGGAGCAUGCUCAGACCGAUUGAAAGUUAUCGUGAUUUCAGGCUGCCCUAACAGUGAUUCGGUGGCGAGUUCCACCCUGCUUCACCACACGCAUGCGCCUGGCGGCAAAGACCAAGCGCUCAAUGCAUUCAAGGGAGUGACGGUUGCAGCUCUUCGGUUGAAUCCUUCGGAACGCCCCCGCGAGGCACUAGAUAACGCCCUGGCUCAAUGCCUUGAAUCUUCACUCCCAGUAUACAUCGAGAUCCCAAAUGAUUUGGUGGGGAUUUCAUGUCCUUCUCCACGUCCGCUGAGUGAAUUGAUUAUUUCCCCGUCAUCGCACGAUCGUGGUACUGUGGGAGCAAUUGUGGAACUCUUUUCCUCGGCCUCCCGCCCAAUACUAGUUAUUGGGGGUCUCAUGCAGUCUUGUGCAGCCCACCCAUUAGUCGAAGCAUUGGUCGAGAAGCUGGGAUGCCCUGUCCUCUGUCAGCCUGACGCCAGACUCGUCUCAUCCUUUCAUCCACAGUACUACGGGAUCUUUUGGCCAGGCAUUGUUGACAACAACACAGAGAUCAUCCAGGAUGCUGACCUCGUGCUAGCACUCGGAGUACAUUGGGGAGAUCUUCAUACGUUCGGGAAAUUUAGCAUUGACCCGGAGCGUCAUCGUCUGAUUGACGUACAAUAUGACAGCGUCCACUUGCCCAACGGUCGUUCAUUGAAGCACAGCGGUCUGAGGGAUAUCAUCGGCAAUCUUAUGCUGUCGGAUGUGGGAACUAAGACAUAUGCGACCCGCCAGGCAACCGAAUACCUCGGACAACGAUCUGAGUCUUGUAUGAAAAAUUCAAGUGGAUCUCAUUUGACGGUAACCAGUGUGCUGGACAACAUCCAAGGGCUUAUCAAUGAAAAAAGCACGAUAGUAGCCGACUGUGGCCAAACAUGGUUUGCUGCAAUCCGCCUCAGUCUCCCAUCCAUGGCCACCUGCCAUAUGCAAUUGCUAUAUGCUUCUCUUGGCUGGAGUUUGCCUGCUACCUUGGGCUGUCAACUCGCUCGUCCAGAGGGUCGAACCAUACUUCUCGUUGGAGAUGGCGCUUUUCAAAUGACGGCUCAGGAGUUGAGCACAAUGGUUCGCAUGCGCUUGAACCCGAUUAUCCUAGUGUUCAACAAUCUAGGAUACAAAACAGAAACUGUGAUCAAUGACGGUCCUUAUAACUAUAUUGCCAACUGGAGAUAUUCCCAGUUCCCUGCUUUGCUUGACGAACCUUCCCAUGCUCCUGACCAGUAUAAAGCACCACCGAACAGCAAUCCUACGAUGUUGUGCUUCAAGAUCAUGACUCGGCAGGACCUCAUGGAUGCUGUGCGGUUAGUUCGGAAAGAGCCAGAAAAACUCGCCUUUUUGGAACUCUGCAUCCAGCCAGACGACGCCUGUGAUGACCUUCAACACCUAGGGCGUUUGGUAACUGGGAAAAGCUCUGUUGAACCUGUGGAAACGGCAUCGAAUCCUUCAAUGAUCGACAUCCCUCGUGCAGCUUCAUUAUCAAAUGGCCCCAACCCGCGAUACUCGACCUUUACUGCUAAUCGGCUCAACAAACAAUUGGCAACCAGCAUACCCAAUGGCACCCAGCUUCCCACCAACUCAACGUACACAGAGCAUAUGAUCACCGUCGCAUGGACUUCUGAGAAUGGUUGGGGAGAUCCGGAGCUCGUUCCACAUGGUCCCAUCUCUUUGAUGCCCGCAGCAAGUGUCCUGCAGUACGCUACCACAUGUUUCGAGGGUCUGAAGGUGUAUAGGGGGCACGACGGGAAACUGCGGCUUUUCCGUCCGUUGAAAAACUGUGCAAGGAUGGUUAAAUCAGCAGCCCGGAUUUCCUUGCCCACAUUUGACGAAACCGAACUUUUGGAACUCAUUCAGACACUCUGUGCCGUCGAUGGCCCACACGCGCUGCCUGUUGACCAGCCCAUGGGGGAGCUUUAUAUCCGGCCGACUCUGAUCGGCACAGAACCGUAUCUUGGUGUAAAGACGCCGCAGGAAGCGCUUUUGGUUAUUGUCAUGUCUCGGAUGGCGAAUUUCGUGUCAACAACCGAGGAAAUCAAGUCGAUCAGCCAGGGCCUGACACUCUCCGAAAAUCCCAAAGACAUAAUACGAGCGUGGCCUGGAGGGGGGUUGCAGCUAGCUACACCACCACUUGUUGAUCAGUUAAUACUUCCUGGGGUGACCAGGCAGUCUAUACUGGAUCUGGCACGAGAGAGGCUGUCCCCACAGACACGGUUGUCUAAUGGGACCGACCACGCUGUGGAACCUCUAGACGUCUCGGAACGGAAAAUCACCGUUAAUGAUGUGCUCGACGCUGCAGAUGAGGGUCGUCUUUUUGGUGCAUUUGCGGUAGGCACGGCAUCCUGCAUCUUGCCUGUCUUUCGAAUCAGAUUUGAGUCUCGGGAAAUCACCAUGGGGGAGGAGGUACUACCCUACGUCUCGGCUUUCAAGGGCUGGCUAUCAGACAUCCUUUUCGGCUACAAACCCAGCCCAUGGGCCGUGGAAGUUAGAGAAGAAAUUUGA